ACGCCGUUUCCCUCUUCUCCAACCCUCCACCCCCCCAACCCCCAGGAUACACAGACCGGACCGGCACCGGUGUCAUUGGAUGGAGAGAGGCGCCUGAAGAAGGGAGAGCGGUGGAGUUGGUCUACCCCCCUCCUCCUCCUCCUCCUUCUUCCCUACUGCACCAAAAGAAAACUCCGGGCUGGCUGCAGCACCAUGUCCUCGGCUCAAAGUGGGGAUAUAUCAGGCUACCAUCUGAGUGUGGUGCGUAACCCGCCCGGCUGGGAGGUGGGGAUCUACUUGGUGGGCUUCUUCGUGCUGCUGGGUGUGGCCGGGCUCAACAUCUGGAAGUUGUGGAGAUCUGGAACCUUCCCCGCACCGUCGCCCUUCCCAAACUUUGACUAUCGAUAUCUGCAAGAAAAAUAUGGAACCUCCUUCUCAGAAGUCAGACAAAAGCGAGCAGCUGCCAACAAUCACAGGCGAACAUCCACCACCUCCAGCCGCAAACCCAGCCUGGCCCUCGGCGACACCCCGGACGGUUUCAGGGACCUGGGCCACCUGGAGCUGAUGAGCAGAGAGCUGGACCCGACCUGCAUAGCCCAGCUUAACCGGUCCAUCUCCACCGACUCGCUCAGCUCCAUCUCCUCCAUCGCCAACAACUUUGGCCACGACUUCACGGUAGGCCAGCUGGAGGUGACGCUCGAGUUUGAGCCUUCCAGGCAUCCGGGCCAGGGGACGGGAAUGCUCCACAUCACUUUGCACCAGGGCAAAGACCUGCUGGAGAGGGAGGAAGGGGACUUCCCCGGCUGCUUCAUCAGAGUCUCCCUGGGGCCAGAGGAGCUCAAUGUGGGAGUCACAAGGGUCCAGACUAAUGCAUUCACCGUGAUUUUUGAUGAGCGCUAUUCCAUUCCUGUGGACUUGUCCACUCUGGAGGAGUACAGCCUGCGUUUUGCUGCUUUUGGUAUCGACGCUGAUGAGCGAAACAUCAGUGCUGGGGUAGCAGAUCUCAAGCUGUCAGACCUGGACCUCACCAUCAGACCAUUCAACGCCUGGCUCUACCUUCAAGAUGUCAAUAAGGCUGUGGACGCAGUUGGAGAGAUCCUGUUGUCUCUCAGCUAUUUGCCGACAGCAGAGCGCCUCACAGUGGUUGUGGCCAAGUGCAAGAACCUGGUGUGGACCAACGGCAAGAACACUGCAGAUCCGUUCGUCAAAGUGUAUCUCCUGCAAGACGGCAGGAAGAUCAGCAAGAAGAAGACUUCCACUAAAAGGGAUGACACAAACCCCAUCUUCAAUGAAGCCAUGAUCUUCUCUGUGCCGUCCAUUGUCCUGCAGGAACUCUCCCUGAGGGUUACAGUGGCAGAGACCACAGAGGAUGGCCGGGGCGAGAACCUUGGUCAUGUGAUCAUCGGCCCAGAGGCCAGCGGGAUGGGGAUCACCCACUGGAACCAGAUGCUGGCCACUUUGAGGAAGCCUGUGUCCAUGUGGCACCCUCUGCGCAGGAUCUAGUCCUCUUUCCCCUCGUACGUACCCGACCUGUUUCAAGUAAAACACUUGCUUCUUCAAGUUCCUUUCACCUCUCCCCUUAUUUGGCGCCAUGCUCAGAUCUGUUACACUGUUUUAGGCCCACGGGAGGAUACUGUGUCUUUGUGUAUUAUGUGUCGCUGUGCUGGCGAGUAACAAAUUGCGGUAAAUAGCUUAUCUUCAAGUAAGGGGGAGGAAUCUGAAAAGCCAGUGUUUGACCCUGAACAGGGUGUUUCAUUGGUCCCUAGAUCAAUAUGUUUAAAUCUCGUCUUUAGUAUUUGGCUUCAUUCCGGUUUGGGUGUAUUAUGGGUGAGGGUGGAGUUCAGGAAGCAUAUCCCAAAUGACCCAAAUUAGACACUGAAAGCAACUGAGUUCUCAAUUGGUGUGUGUCCUACGUCCUUACAUUGUCCCCUUGGCUUGAGAAUCGUGCUGAAUCCCGAUUUUCCACCACAACAGCAGCGAAGGAGACAUGAAUACGUGGAUAAAUGUUCCCACCUAAAAAUGUCUUGAUCAGAUGUUUUGGAGUUAGAGGUGAGUUUUAAUUAACAAAUGGAGCCCAACCUUGGCAGGCAUGACCCCCUCUCUGCAUGGUGCCUACUCUGGUUGUAGCCUGUUAUAGCUGUGUAGAGAAUGACUGACUGGACGGAGGGGUGAAAUCACUUCUCUUUCAGGAAAAAACUCAUUUGUCUUUUCAAACCAGUCAUUGAUUGCGCCUACUUGAUUGAUUUCAUAGCGGUUUUAGAGCCGAGUUGAGUUAGCGCUAUUGGAUUUGCUUGUGUAAUUUGUUAACAGUGAGACUGACAAAUAAUAGAAGUUUUGGUAUUUUCAGUAUUUAUUGUGCUUUUGAAAAAAAAAAUCCAGGUACUCUUAUCCAGGUGAAAUAAUUGUAAUUUGUAGCAGUUGUUACAGGGUGGCCAAAUCAGAUGUAAUUAGCAUAUAAAUAUCAUAUUACAUUAUUCUAUUUUUACCAUAAUUAAUGCAAAACAAGUUGCAUACGCAUAUACAACAGUGUAAAUAGUGUACAACAACAUUCUUCUAAUUUUUCCUUUAAAUUCUCAUUCAUUCCACUUUAAUAAACAUCCAACUCCAACUUCAUUUAUAAAACACUAUAUUUAACACCAAUAUCAUUGCUGAUCAAUGAAUUAUUAUCAAAAUACCUCUGGGAAUUUAACUAACUGAUGUAUACUAACCCCAUUAAAAUGGGUUUAUAGUUCCUUUUUAUGUUAAAGGAAACACCUUGAUAUUCUGAAUUAAUCUGUAGUUGUUUUUCACCAGGCACUUGUCACACUUGUUUUAGCUUUUGUCAUUAAGAAACAUGCAAACUUCUCAUUAGCACUGAGGCUGCUCCUGGUAGAAACCAACAGGAGCCUCUUUGCAGCUUGAAGCCUGAGUGGUACCAUUGCUAAAAAAAGCUUUUUGGUUAAAAUGAAGAUAAUGUGCCAAGGGCCAUGUAAAAGUCAGAAUGUCAAGGUGGCUUUUUAUCUGUCUCUACAACAUUGUGCAAUAGUGCUGUUUUGUUGUAACUUUUGAAUGUGAAUUAUCAUGUGAAAUACCUGCUAACUCUAAACGCAUCAUCAGCCUUAUUGUUGUGAUUCUUAUUCGGUUUUUUUUUCAAGCAGAACAUAGCCUAUUCUACAUGUUCUUUCUGAGUGCAUUCCUCAACUCACUUUGAAAAUCAAUCCAAAAAUAACCCACCUGUGGUCAUAUAAUACACAAUAUUUCCUACUGUGCCAAAUAAUGAAGCAAUAUUUUCAUUUACAAUCAGCAUUUGCAUUCAAUUCAACAAAGCUGUAGCCUACAUUUGAUCAUGCAUGAAGUUAUUUAGCACUUGAUGUGAAUGUGCCUCAAGAAUACAGUGUAUUGUGUGAAUGCUGUUUGAAA